AUGCCCAAGUCAUUUUUGGUGAAGAACAAGAAAGCACGUCGCAUUGAAGAAGAAACUCAAGAUGGCACGAAACCCGCAAGAUGCGAGGAGAAAAUCGUAGGUAAGAAAAACCUUCACAUUUCCCUUUAGGGUAAAAUAUUUUUAGUUCCUAGGUCUACUUGACCCUUUGACAAACGAUUUUGUUCGCAGUUUCUUCGUAACAUUUCCUGUGCGUUGUUUCACCGUUAUAAAGUGUCACAGUAUUAUUAACGCAGAUGUUGGCGGACGAAUAUAAACGGUGCGAUAACGGAAUAUUACUUUUUCCCCGCUCGUGCAAAGAAAAUUGCCGUUUUAAGCUCGCAGAUCGGUGCCUAGGACUUUAUGAUUCCCUCGAAAUGGGACUUUUAAAGGAACGAACUGUUGUCCUCGCGGGGUGCACUGAAAGCAACUCUAAGAACAAUAGGUGUAUGUUACUACAAAUAGUAAACCGAUGCUUAUCGAUCAAAAUCACGGCUUUGCCAAUUGUUUUCCGUUUAAGAGCUUUUUACGAUCACAGGAGAAAAAAGAGUGUUUUGACGAACUUGGUUUGAUUUUUUGAGGUCGAGCAAGAGGAUGCGUAUUGGUUUGGACGCGCACAUAAUCUAUUCCGCUUUCAUUGGCUUUAGAAAUGGAGUUAAAUGAAACGGAUAUUCGAUAGGGGACUUGUUAGGCCGCAACCUAUUACACAGUAAUGUUUGUAGUGUGUGUGCACGUAAAAACACACGCUGCCUAGUCACGAAAAGUAAUUCGAAAGCUUUCAGUGAUUACAUUGUGUACUUUGAAGUCUAAAAUACAAAGCCCCUGACACGGCGCGUCGAAUUGAUUUCUACCGCUAAGGUGGCUAAAUAUCGUCCCUGAAUUACAGAUAAGUGUUUUGGUCUCGUUGCAAAGAUAAUCAACGAAAAGGAAUUCAACAAUGCAGAUCAUUGAUUCAUUCAUAUUCAAAUUUUGCUCUGUGUAGUGAUAAACGCCAUCUCACAAAAGCCCUAAUGGAUACAUCAAUUGAUAUACAAUAAAGAUUUUGUAUAGCGUUUGGGAAGCCUCGCGAGCCUUUCCGUUAAACAAAAUUAUUCUCCUUGUAUAAAUCUUUUUCAAGAGAGUUGCUUCAACGUUAGGUUUUUUCAAGGCUGUAGUAAACAUUUACCUCACCUUGGCAAGAAAAUUUACGUGAAAAUUAGUGCUGGAAAUCGAUCAGUUCAGUCGUAACAAUUAUGGUUAAUUUAAAUUUAUGUAAAUUCCCAUCACUUAAAAUGCGAGACCUUUCAAAUGCUGUCCAUUUUUCGUGGUUUGCCAAAUGACGUGUAAACCGAUUCUCCACUUGUCAAUUUUGCCAUGUUUAGACGCAUUAUUUUCAAAAACAAAAACUUCGUCGGCACUUUUGUUGUUUCCCCUGUGCAUUUUCCACGCCUUUUUAAGCAGCUUUUCAGAGUCUUCAAGACAAGACCCCAAAACACUUAACGAAACGGCAAAAAUUUUAGGUCCAAAAAAAGCCGCCGUCUCGGUCAGAGCGGAGUGCAUUUGAGGUGACGAGAACUGAGCAGAUGUUCCGUGUUUUAAAUCGUACUUUCCUUGGUCUCGAUCUUGACAGAAGCUCUACUUAACCCCCUUACAUUAAAUGCCUUUCGAUCAAAGGCUUUCUGCAAAGUAAAACACUUAAGUGCCUUUAAAGGUUCCGCGUUAUAAUAUCGCUGACUCUAAUACCAAACUACAUUUAUAGUAAGAUGUUUCAGUUUCUAAAAUGAAAAGCGAGAGUCGUGGUUUCGUAGAAACAGAUCAAAUAUAGUCAAACUUUUCGCGCGCACAUUUGUAGAUUUUAGAACGUUUUGACUCGCGUUUAUUUUGAGGCUAGAGGCUAAUAGAAUUUUAAUUUUCGCCAGUGUGUUUGUAAAGAUUCGCACUAGGUGAGAGAUUGCUUUUAAUAAACCACUUUUUGAUUGAGAACAUCGCUGGGCUUUUAAUUCAAUAAAUUUGUCUUUCUGCGAGGUGUCUGAAUUAAUGAAAUUACUGCGAGGCAGGCCAGCUUUAAUUGCAUAGAAGAGAAUUGAAAGUUAGAUGGAAACGCCCGGGCUAUCACUGAACAAGUUUGUUCAACGAAAUGCAAGAUUACAAAAUUACCGUGAACCGAGCGGAAAAUUCUCUUCCUGUGUUGUCACAACUUAAGAUAAUCACUGUCAAUGAGAUAAAGAAGUGAGCACAAUAUGAUUUUAUGGCUUUAUUGUGUGAGCAAAACUCGUGCUCUCCAUAAAAUAAAAUCUUUGUCUAAGAUGUUAGAAAACUCGACAUUUCAUAUUUUUUGCCCCGGUUGUUUACUCUGUUUGAAAAGCUGUCGAGUAAGCUACUUAAGAACCACGCGUAAUUUUGUCAGUUUCCUUGACUGAAUUCUGUUUAUUACCAUUUUGUAGACUUUUCUUUUAACUGUAAUCAUACAUUUCCUUUUAACUUACUCUUUGAACAGUCGAUAAGGACUCAGACUCGUUAGGAGUAUCGAGUUUAUCUACGGCGAAAAGUUAAUUUGCGAAGAACAAGAUGUAAUCUUUUAUCACCUGAAAUAUGGCACAGAAUCGAAAUCUUUUCCGCGAAAGUUGAUCGUAGAAAGUAAAACCAUGCAGUGUUUAUUACAUGAAAAAUAAAUCCACGUACUUAAGGAGUGUUUGCUUUGCUUCUGUAGUUUUAUGGGAAAACGAUAUAUAUGUAUAUUCAUUUAUGUGUUUUGUUUUCACCCUUAAAAUGAAGUUGGAAGCAGCCGAUUUUCUUUUUGCACCAACUAUGAAAAUCAGAAUAUCGAUGAUUAUUUUGGUCUCGUUUUAACUGUGCCUUUCACUCUCUGUAAAAUUUCUCUACAACGAAAAAAAAACAAGAUGACAAUUUCCUUUCGCACCUGUAAUAGUUAUUAGAAGUGGCAGAAAUAAGUACUUCUAAAUUACUUAGCUUGCCGAAAUUCCGAUUCCUCGCCCUGUUCGUGCUUAUGAAUAUUGUUCAAGUUUGCCGGGAAAACAAUUCUAGACCAAAAAGUACUACUUUUUGCCUUGGAUAAACUUACGUUUCAGCUUUCCACUUUCGCUUCUAUUGUUACUCGGGAUUGAAGUACAAACUUGUGCCUUUAAUGUAACACGAUCGUAACUUGGCACAAGUGGCCGAUACCCAGCUUUUAAAACUUGUCAGUAAAGUUGAAUUUUUGUCUUGAAAUUUAUAUAUAUAUAUAUAUUUUAUUGCCAAAAGGUGAAGACCUUUUUGAAAAGUUUAGUGGAAAAUUUUGCGUCAUGUUUGAACUAGUAAAAAACAAUGCAAUCGGUACAAAAUGGAUGGGAACGUUUUGUGGUCUGAUCCUGAUGAAAGAAAUUAACGUUCCCUCUUACGAUAAAACUAGAAGUUUCGAAAGCAACUUUGAUAAGAUAACAGAUAAUUGGGAAUUAAGAAACAAGGUUGAAAUUCUGAGAGACCCAGUCACUCAAUGCUUUGUGAUUAACAAGAAGGUUCGUACUUUACAAUUCGAUAGAUUUCUUUCUAACCGCAAAAUAUGAUAUUCUAAAAACGUGGCACCGAAACAUGAUACAAGUCAGCAAGCAGUUUGUCCUUCUGUUUCUCUUAAUUUGCGUCUUAGAUUCAUAAGAAGCUUUAAUAUUAGUUUCUUUUACUGUCAACAUUUGAAAAGUGUAAAGUGUUUCGCGGGUAGCUUGUGUAAAAGUAAUAACGCAAAGUGAACGGAACGCGACAGAAUGGUUCACCUUUACUGGUUGUUUUAUUGUGCCCUUUUAAUCACAGAACACGUGCGGAUUGUAUGCGAUUGCAAACUGAAAAUAAAUGAAACAUAAUCAUUUCUCCUCCUUUCCUGUGCAGGUUGCCCUAUAUUCAUUUUCAGUAUUUAACAAUCAGCAAAGAAGGCAAAAUUAUCAAAGUAGUUUUUGUAGUUACAUUUAUUCUUUUUCCUUCCUUUGCUUUCGUUAUUUUUUUCUUUGAUAAAGCAGAUGUCCUACACUUCUUUUUUCUUCCUUCAAGAUUUCUUUUCGAUAAAUUGCAGUUGGCGCCUGUUCAUGAUAUAUUUCAUUUGCCCAGAAAUAUCUUUAAAACUAUUGAAAAAAACUACCCGUCGAAGCGAGUUUGAACUGUGAGCUUAUUAAAACCAUAGGGACAAAACACUCGGCCGGUCAAUUUGUCAUACAGGUUAUCACGCUUGCUUGAAUAUUGUCAUUUUUAUUCCUUCCACGGGCGACACCCUAAACUCUUGUUUGCUCAGCAACUUGUCCCGGUGAAUUUUUUACGAACCCCAAUUUUUUUUUUCCUUUUUUGUUUAUGAGUAGUCCUCAGUUUUUUCAAUGAUUUUUAAGACACUGUUUCUCGAAGUCUUCAAUGGCUUCUUUCUUUCUUUAUGAUAAAAAUCAGUUUAGUUAAGUGAGCCAUAUUUCUUGAAGACGAGACCAGACCAAACCUGUUUGACGUAAUGAAGAAAAGUAGGCUAUUAAAUAACUGCUUUUUCGAGUUUAUUCAUGAUUCAUAAACUUCUAUGCUAAGGCUUUGGAAUGCUACAAAAAUUCUGCCCUUAUUUAGUUCACUUCCGAGAUGCAGUUAGUAUUUGUCUGGAUUUCACAAACGCCAAAUUAAAAAAUGAUUUUCUUCUCGCCUUUUUAGAUGGAACUCUUACGUCGUCAGAAGAAUCAGACGGGGAAAACUCAACUACAAAGGAAGAAGAGGAAAGAAACGUUGAUUUUAACAGUGGCAUUUUACAGAGCAAGGAGUUAGACCAGGAGAUGAUUUCUGUUCCCAGUUUACAGAGUGAAAGUGAGAGAAUUUUCAGAGAAGCUGAUGCAAAGCGAGACAAAGUAAUUGAUCGCUCAGAAGCGCUCGACGAUUUGUGUUGGUGGCAGGGAAUAAGCUCGCGAUAUAAACUUCAAAACCUUCCUCCACCCCCCAAACUCAUCAGCUCAGGAAGGAAUGGUCUAUCAAAGAUGCACAAUUCUCGAUCACCCGAACAUCAUGCCGUCAUUACUAUGAGCCAAAGACACCAUUUUCCAUUGACCGCCAAUGGGUAUGGCGUUGUAAACUUUCAUGAUCAUCGACUUUCUGCCAUUGCUGAUUCGAUACCCGUUCGUGCAUCGUUGGACGGGCUUCGUGAAGUAUCGUUAAAUCUUCGACAUGCUUCGGAAAUUCAUCAUCGAGAGUCGUCCUUGUGCCCAAACAUUCCACAGCCAACGCCCAGUCCGCAGUUCAAUAACAAUCAUUUUUUUAUUCACGGUCAUCCGUUUUUAACGGCUCACCAACAGCAGGAGUGCCUUUCAAACCUUCAGAGCAAGGAACAGGACAAGGCCAGUGAAGGUGAAGAAACCAAGUACAAAUGUGAAAUUUGCAACAGUUCUUUUACACUGCAGCGGCUUCUGAAUCGUCAUAUGAAGACUCAUUCUUUCUACAAGCGCUAUCACUGCCAGUUCUGCACCAAAGGUUUCAAUGACACUUUUGAUCUGAAGCGACAUAUAAGAACACACACGGGAAUAAAGCCAUUUAAGUGCAACCGAUGCGACAAGUCAUUCACACAGCGCUGCUCUCUUGAAGCGCACCUCACUCGCGUGCAUGGCAUCGUGCACAAGUUUGGCUUCCGCGAAAGACGAUCGAAACUGUUUGUCUGUGAAGACUGUGGAAGCACUUUUACAGAAAACGCAGAUUUCAUGAAGCAUCUUCAUGAAUUUCACCCAGAGACUGAGAAAAUAAUAAGGGCGAGGCGAAAUGGAGGCUUCCCUCCAAAAUUAAAAGCUGGUAGUUAGAUAACACUUGUUAAGGUAAUUCUGUUUAAGGUAAUACUGAUUCCUUGUUUAAGAGUUACUUUGUAAAUUUAAAGAAAUGUAAGAAAACGUCGCAUAAUCUAGAAUCGAAAGUUAAUAUCAAUAUUUUUUUUUGAUAUAAAGAGAAAAUCCCUUUCCGAGAGACGCGUGCUUCUCGCGCGAGUAGAGUAACUCUUCAUAAAACAUGUAAUUUCCCAUGGUGGCGACAAAAUUUCCCAACAGAAGCUUUCAUGUGGCUUUAGUUUUUCAGUUUUCGAAAGACCAUUCAAAUGAAAGCUACUAGGCAGUACUUUCCUGUAGUAGUGUUUAUUACGCUGUACAAGGUGAUUCUAUGGUUUGAGUCUGUGGAUGAAAACAUAACGUGUGACCAUUCAAAUGAAAGGCCACGUUGAGUGGUAGUGAAGAUGUUGCUCUGAAAGGGAUCACAAAAUAAUUCCAGAUCACAGCAAAGAUCACAAAAGUCUCAAAUUUAAAGAAACAACCGGAGUACCAGUGAAUGAGAAAAAAUCACUAGAAAGUGAAAAAUCCCUUGAAACUGAUAUAUGUGACUGUGUAGCUCGAUGGAAUAAUUGAAAAGCUCGUUAUUUUAUUCCGCUUUUUAGUGUCGUCUAGCUGGUCUUUAUCACCCAAGGUAAGCUUAAAGUCGUAUAUAUUAUAGUGCUUAAUCUUCUUGGUCUUCUCAAUGAGUGACCGCUGCUUUUCAGUGUUCGUUUUCUGUUUGGUACUGUUUGUUUUCCGUUUUUCUCAGGUGAAAGUAGCAGGGCUUGUUCGAUUUCCAGCGAGAUUUUUUCUGUCGUAGUUUCAAGGCAAAUAUGAUAAUCUACAUUCGAAACUGAGAAAUUGUAGUCAUUGAGAAAUAAGUGGACGAUUUAGGCACUGUUGGUUGUUAAAUUCCUUAUACGAUCGAGUUUCGAGCAAUAAUAAAAUUAGUAAGACUGAGCUCGUACAAAAUCAAAAUUGUACAAAUUUCCGUUAAAGUUUUUAAAGCCGGCAAAGUUCCCCUUACUGUUUAUAGUGAAGAUGAAGAUUACGUUUUCACACAGUUACCCACUCUCAAAAUAUUUUGUCUUCUUUUCCGUAGCAGACAAGACUAAAUAAUCUUAAUAUUGAAUAUUUUAUCGCAGAGCUAUUUAUCAUAUUUAAUGAGCUUGGUGUUAUGUUCUGUGUUUUUGUUACAUAACAAAAGAGAUUCAAUUAAAAUAAAAUAUAUAGUUAUACCAGAAACUCAUAAGGGGUUGAACAACCCCUUAUGAGUUUUAAGUUAUACUGAACAGCAUAUUCGACAGAUUUUCGCCCCGUAACUCUCGCAGACAUAUUUGUUACACCGAUGUAGUUUCCACGCAUCCGAUUUUAUCUCGUCCCUCAACGCUCCUGCACGGGUUGUGUGACAAGACGAAAACGGCUGCGUGGGAAACUAAACCGGUUUUGGAUCUUAAAGAUAACUUUUGGUCACACACCUUCAAAAU